UGGAGGUCCGCCCGCCGCCGCGCUGGGAUGUAACGACAACAACACACUUCUGAUAGCCGUCGACGAUCGGGUUUUUUUUUUGGGGGGGAGACUCGCAGGUGGGGGAAAACACUCGGUCGAAGAAUCCCGGUGCAAGGAACGAGAGAUUGAGUGCGGAGAUGCCGGGAGGUGACGGUGGUCCAGAUGAGGAGAAGCCUGCAUUACCGUUAGCAACAGGAGAAGCUGAAGAGAGGGAGGAGGAGGCCUCGAGGCGUCAGGGUGGAGAUGAGGCAUCGGUGCAACUCAGGGGAGAGGAAAGCGGAGCCUCGGGUGGAGAAGCGGGACAGGAGGAUGAGGAGAUGACCAGCGGAUCACAUGACCUCUCUUCUUCAGCCAAUCACAGUCCUCGCAGCACCACAGGAUCCACUUCAACCUCCACCAAGAGCUCGAUUUCUGGCCAGGCAGGCCCACACAUUGAGGGCAGUAGUGGCAGUGAGAAUGCAGACGCUGGCAAAGGGCAGGGCCAUAGAGAGGUGAUGAUGACGGUGGCUGAGAUGAAGAAGCGGCUUCCAUCAGACAAACGCAGUCGCAGCAAAGCCAGCACUGUGGAGGCCUUACAUUACGCACUCAACUGUGUGAAACAAGUGCAAGCUAACAGCGAGUACUACAAACUGCUGAUGCACAGCGGCCAGGAGGAGCGACGAGAUGCCACUGUUUGUACCCUGGAAGAGCUGGAGAGAGUCACCUCUGAGCACACCCUCAAAAAUACGGACUCCUUCGUGGUGGUGUUUUACCUGUCAAGCGGCCGCGUGUUGUACGCGUCGGAGCAGGCUCCUAGCAUCCUGUGCUGUAAGAGGAAGUUCCUGGAGUCGGCCAAGUUCGUGGAGCUACUGUUCCAUAAAGACGUCAAUGUCUUCUACUCACACACAGCGCAGCCACACCUACCGCCUUGGAGCAACUCACACACAGCGGCAGUGCUCUUUGAGUGUGCCCAGGUCAAGUCCUUCUUCUGCAGGAUCAGGGGUGGGAAGGACCGUGAGGGUGAGAUGCGCUACAAUCCGUUCCGGAUCACUCCGUACCUGCUGAAGGUCCAGGGAGUCGGUCCCACCGGGGAGGAAGAGGAGCCCUGCUGCCUGGCACUGGCGGAACGGAUCAUCUCGGGAUACGAGGCUCCUCGGAUCCCCAUGGACAAACGUAUCUUCACCACCACACACUCCCCUGGCUGUGUGUUCCUGGAGGUGGAUGACAGGGCUGUGCCGUUGCUGGGCUACCUUCCUCAAGAUCUGAUUGGCACAUCCUUAUUGACCUGUGUUCACCCAGAGGACCGCCCCCUGAUGCUCUCAAUGCACCGAAAGGUGUUGAAGUAUGCCGGCCAGCCUCCAUUUGAGCACUCGCCAGUGCGUCUGCGCUGUCAAAAUGGAGACUUUGUCACCCUGGAUACCAGCUGGUCCAGCUUCAUCAACCCCUGGAGCCGCAAGGUGGCCUUCAUCAUCGGACGGCAUAAAGUCAGGACGAGUCCUCUGAAUGAGGAUGUGUUUGCUGCUGGAAGUAAAGUGGACUUUCCAGUCACUCAUGGGGAUGUUAAAGAUCUGCAGGCCAAGAUCUACAAGCUCUUCCUGCAGCCGGUCCACAACAACGGCUCCAGUGGUUAUGGCAGUCUGGGUAGUAAUGGCUCCCAUGAACACUAUAUCAGCGUAGCUUCUUCUAGCGACAGCAAUGGCAACCUAUGGGAGGACUCGCACCGGGAACCGAUGACCCUGCAGCAGAUCUGUGCAGAUGUGAACAGAGUUAAGAGUUGGGGCCAGCAGGUGUACCUGGAUUCUCGAAACAAACUGACUCCUCUUGUAAACCCUGUCACAGCACUACUGCCUCCCAUAGCCUCCAGUGCCGAGGCCAGAGUACAUGAAGAGGGCAGGAAGCAGACACACAUUCCCUCCUAUCAGCAGAUCAAUUGUGUGGACAACAUCAUUAGGUAUCUGGAGAGCUGUACAGGACCGGCCCUGAAACGCAAAAGUGAAUCCCGUUCCCUGGCUACCUCUUCUUCCUCAUCCUCUACCUCAGAAGAUGACAAGCCUGCUGGGGGCACAGACACAGUAGUGGUGUUGGACAGUCAGGUGUCGGUGGGCUCUACAGCUGCAGUGGUGGGAGCCCCUCUCACAGAUAUCACCAUGUCCACCAAGGCCAUGAGCGUGGUCUCGGUCACCAGCCAGUGCUCGUACAGCAGCACCAUAGUCCACGUGCCACAGCCCGAGUCGGAGGUGACAGCGCUGGAGGACGCACCGAUGGGCAGCGAGCCCACGGAUGCUGCACCAACCCCGGCCCGGCCAGCCGCAAGCGCAGCAACUGAGGAGCUGCGACUGGUGGGUCUGACCAAGCAGGUUCUGUCAGCUCACACACAGAAGGAAGAGCAGGAGUAUGUGGAUCGUUUCCGCCACCGAAUACUCCAGAGUCCCUACAGCUCCUAUCUGCAGCAGGACAACAGCUCCAUGGCCCAUUCCCACCACCCAGGUGAUCACAUAAUGCGUCCAGUGAGUGCAGGCAGGUGGGACCGCUCCCGGACGGGGAAGCCCAAACACAAACGGGCCAAAGCCCAGGGCUCCUCAGACAGUUACGCCUCCCCGCCAGGCCCCGAUCGCCGGCCACCAGACUCCUCCCAACCCUCCUCUGAGUCUUCCCAGCACAAGAUUGGGAUGCCAUACAACCAAAUGUCCCCUCUCCAGACCCCCUUUAUCCCCAUGAUGGGCACCCCCCAGCCCGGUAUUAUAGACCAGCCCAGCCCACAGCAGCUGCUGGGGAUGACCCCCAUGGUACUGCAGUCUUCAGACCAAACCCCGCCCAGCUACAACUUUAGUGUUAUGCAGCCUACUCAGAGCUUGCCGGGCAUGCAGGCAGUACAGAUACAGCCAAUCCAGGGCCCACAAAACUUCCAAAACUUCCCCAGCCUGCAGUCCAUGUCUAUGGCGCAGGGCAUCAACCCCUACAUAGCCCCAGUUAUGGCUGUCAUCCUUCCCAACUACCCGACCUUCACCCCAGGCUUCCCCUCCAUGUACACACCACCCCCCUCGAUGCUGCCACAGGCAUUCUUUGCCCCAAACGCUGUCUCCUUCCUCCAGCCCCAGUUCCAGUCACGGCCCACUCCCCAGACUCAGAACUCAGGUCUGCUGCUUUGCUCGCCCAGAGCUAGCUCCUCUGUUGGGGAGGAGGAGGAGGAGGCCGGGCCUCGGGCUCUGUUCUCAAGCUCCCGCUCAAGUUCACCACUUCAACUCAAUCUGCUGCAGGAGGAACUGCCCAAACCCAGUGAAGGGCAGGGCAGCACUGGACACAACCGUGCUGAGAGCCUUCAUGAAAAGCACGCCAAGGGGGGCGAUGUCCCCAGUGAGUCUGGAAACCAUGACACCCAGUCCACAUCCAGUGAGCUAAUGGACCUGCUGCUGCAGGAGGAUGCAAGGUCAGGGACUGGCUCCAAUGCCUCGGGCUCCGGCUCUGGUGAGUCUGGAGGCUCCCUGAGAUCUGGGUCUGGCUCCAAUGGAACCUCCACUUCGCAUACAGGGAGUAGCAACAGCAGCAAGUACUUUGCAAGCAACGACUCAUCAGACACUUCCCGAAAAGCUCGCAAGAGCCAGGAGGGGGCAGCAGAGCACCAGCGCACCUUUGAGACGCGGGUGGAGAACUCCCUGUGGAGCAUGAUCCAGCACACCCCCGAGCCUGUCAUGAUGACAUACCAGAUCCACACAAGGGACCAGAAUGAGGUGUUGGCAGAGGACAGGGAGAAGCUGCGCGUCCUGCAGCCCCUCCAGCCUUGGUUCACCACAAAACAGAGAGAGGAGCUGUCCGAAGUCCACCCCUGGAUCCAGCAGCACACCAUCCCACAGGAGAUAGACACGCAGGGUUGUGUGAGUUGCACCUCAGGGCCUGGGAUAGCCCCCUCGCCCCGGCCCCCUGACCCAGACAGCUCCUCCCCUUUGGAAAGCCCAGAGCAGGACGCUGGCUCCACGCAGGACACCUGAUUUCACCCUGGAACCCAGGGCCACCUUGGAACAGCCUCCUGAUGGGAAAACCUCAGCACCUCCCCCCACAUGACUCUCCAGACCAAUCAUAUGGAGCUCGGAGUCCCCAUCUUUGAACUGAAGUCUGAUACUUAAAUUGUACAAUGUAAAGACAAGUUGCAUCAGAGGCCAGACCGGACCAAGAGCGAGCCGGAGAGGAGAGGAGAACAACGGGCAUUUAUUUACACUCCCUGCCAGCGACAGCCCUCUGUCAGCCACCCUAAUGUGAUUGCCUUUAGUGAAUCAAAUAUAUUGUACCUCCCUUCUAAAUGUGUUUAUAGCCCCUAUAGGGGAUAGUUUUUACUUGAGCAUAAGAUUGAUCAGAUGUUCUGUGAACUGUUUGAGGCUCGAUUUAAGGGACGACGGUCCCAUGGACCCUGGCCCUAAACAUAAGUGAUGAGUACACACACACAAAUCCCAUCCUGUCUGAGGGAGUGGGUGUGGAAGGGGUGACGAGACAAACUGUUGGACUUCUGUACAGAGACAGGGCUGUCCCCCGAUUCCAUACCAGAACACACACAAACCAGAUGCUCACCCGACACUGAGCGGCUGGCCGAGGUUCUGUGUGUGCACGGCUUGAGCGCCUUCGGCAAAACGGGCACUCUGCGCGGCUCCCAACGAGGGACACGACGGCGGGCCCUUCGCCGGUGAGAUUUCCGAUGGACAAACGAGGCAAAGACACACUUCUGCUGCUUUCCGUCAAUCUGUUCUGUAAUGUUCGAGUUCUACUCCUUUACGUUGGUCGUUUUUUUGUGGGGUUUUAUUGUUUUUUUCUUCUUCGCGUGUUCUGUCUCAAUCCAAAGGUUUGUUUUCCCGGCUCACCACACACACGGAGAACACAUAGGCCAUUUCGGAUCCGACGAGAAGCAUUUAAGCCCAGCAUUUCAAUCUGUCCUGCCGCCCUGAACGUAGCGUAGCCUGUCUUUAAACCGAGUUUGCUGCCUUUUUGGUUUUACACAACAGUACUUGUAGCCU